CCUAGUUCUUUGUGAUUCUAUCACCCCAAGCUUUGUGGAACUCGACAAAGAAAAUGUGGGGCAAGAAUUGGAGAUCCAUUAGAAUGCUAUCAGAUUGUCUGCCUAGCAAAAACCAGGUAACAAGUGAGAGUGUGCAUGGCGCUAAUCUAGCAGCAAAAUGGAUGAGCUGUGAUGUCUGCAUUGAGGAAAACAAGGUGUGCGGGUGCCAACACAGUAGUACUGAAGACUUCAAGGGCACAGUUAAUGAUACUGAUGUCGAACGCCAUCAAGAGUCCAACAGCUCUUUUGCUCAUGCUGUUAUUAACAUGAUUGGGAUGCUCAUAGGUCUAGGGCAGUUAUCAACUCCAUAUGCCUUAGAAAAUGGGGGUUGGGCUUCUGCAUUCCUCCUCAUUGGACUAGGGAUAACAUGUGCAUACGGUUCCCAUCUACUAGGAAAAUGUCUUGACAAAAAUCCCAAGUCAAGAAACUACACCGACAUCGGACAGCAUGCAUUUGGAACAAAAGGAAGAGUUAUAGCCGCAAUCUUCAUCUACAUGGAAAUUUUUAUGGCUCUUGUGUCCUACACAAUCUCAUUGCACGAUAACUUAUCGACAGUGUUUUUGGGGAUGCACCUUAAGGUGCCAAGCCUCAACCUAUCUACAUCUCAGCUGCUAACAGUGAUGGCUGUUUUAGUGGCACUUCCUAGCCUGUGGCUGAGAGAUCUCUCUUCUAUAUCUUUCCUGUCAUCAGGUGGUAUUUUCAUGUCACUUCUUAUUUUUGCGACAGUGGCAUGCACAGCCAUUUCUGGAGCUGUGAAAGCAAACCAACCAAUACCGGUGCUCAAGCUUGAUAACAUCCCUGCCAUAUCUGGGCUUUACAUCUUUAGUUAUGCUGGUCAUAUUGUUUUCCCUGAUCUAUACAAAGCCAUGAAAGAUCCCUCCAAGUUUACCAAGGUAUCUAUUGUGAGCUUCACUCUAGUCACAAUGCUUUAUACAACUCUAGCAUUCAUGGGUGCCAAAUUGUUUGGGCCUGAUGUCAAUUCUCAAAUCACUCUCAGCAUGCCUCGCCAUCUGAUUGUUACGAAGAUUGCAUUAUGGGCCACUGUGUUGACACCAAUGACCAAAUACGCACUUGAAUUUGCGCCGUUUGCGAUUCAGCUUGAGCACAAGCUCCCACAGUCCAUGAGUUCCAGGAUGAAGAUGAUCAUAAGGGGAAGUGUGGGCUCAAUUCUGCUUCUAUGUAUACUAGCCCUGGCUCUUUCUGUGCCAUAUUUCGAAUAUGUUCUCAGCCUCACAGGCUCACUAGUCAGUGUCAGUAUCUGCAUAAUUCUCCCUUCCACCUUCUACCUCAAGAUUUAUUGGGCUCAAGUCACUAAGCCUCUCUUGAUUCUCAAUGUCAUCCUCAUUGCGUUGGGCGCUCUUCUUGGAGUGUGUGGAACCAUUUCAUCUUCAAAGUCGCUCUUAAAAAGCAUAGGGAGAGCUCACUGAGCUGCAUGCCUGAUGAUCACAUGAGAACCAAGUCCUCGAUUGAGUCCUAAUAUAUAGGUGAAGUACUUAAAAAUAUUCCAUGGACUGAGGAUCAAUAUAUGUAUUUAAGGUGAUUGAUAAAUGAAAGAAAAAUACAAUUGCUUACUUGAUGUCUAAAUGUAAGAGCCCACAUACUAUGCACAUG